AUGUCUCUCAAUCGAGUCUCAUUCCUGGAAGGAUGGGAGCGUAACCCAGCCUUCCGUCGGGAGGACGCAUCAGACACCGAAUCCGACAGCUAUCAAGACCUACCGGAAAGCCCAUCCUUGUCAUCCUCGUUCCCAUCCACUUAUAGUCGACUCAAUUUUAAUCCAUACGCGGGCCCCGGAUGGAACGAGACGGUCGACGAUCAAGAUCGUCCCUCGCUGCUCGGAUCCCUGGGUCUGGGUCUGUCCCCCACGACGACGCGGGAGACUCCGCGUGUGGACCCGCUUCGGCCGGCAAGUCCUGUAGUGACACCCAAAGAGCCGACCGGAUGGUCUGAGACGGUCGGAGCCUUUGAAGUCAGUGCUACAAAGCGAAUUGUCCAAGUAUGCUUAGCAGUCGUCUAUUGCUUCCUUGCAGCGGGCAUUGCUUUCGGCUUUGCAGCUUUGAAGCCAGUUCUGAUUCGCGAAAAGGUUUAUCGUCAGUUUUGCUCCAAACAAGAACUCGACGAUAACCUUGAUGUGUGCAGUGGUCAGGAGAUUCGCAUGAACUUGAUGUUUACCAUCGCCGCCGUUGCCACAAACGUCUCUGCUCUCCCCGUCGGAACUAUCUUGGAUGCGUACGGACCGCGUGUUAGUGGGAUCAUAGGCAGUUUCUGCCUGGCAGCCGGAGCCAUUAUUUUCGGAUGCGCCGAUCAACUCCCUUUCGAUGGAUACAUUAUAGGAUACCUUCUCCUCUCCCUAGGAGGGCCAUUCGUAUUCAUCUCAUCGUUCCAGCUGUCAAAUACGUUUCCCAAACGAUCCGGCUUGAUCUUGUCAAUGUUGACUGGCGCCUUUGAUGCAUCAAGUGCUCUAUUCUUGAUCUUCAGGUUGCUGAGCGAGCACACCGCGGGAUAUGUCUCAAUCCAGAAAUUCUUCAUGGUCUAUCUUAUCGUCCCAGUCUUCAUUAUUGCGGCCCAGCUCACGGUCAUGCCGGCCACCUCGUACAAAACAACCGGCGAACUGGUCAUUCACGCCGAGGUACAGGUUAUGGAGGAGAUCAAUGAUCGCGUAGAUGAUACCAUCCACGACCGCAACGAAAGCGAGCGCCAGCGGAACGACAGGCGAAUCCGUCGACAGAGCAUCGUGCACCACAUUCAAGAUCUACUGGACGACGACACCGCUUCAAUAACUUCGGGUAUUGCCGAUGCCGUUUUCCACGAUUAUCCCCAAAAUGAACAACCGCCGCACCAGAUCAAUAAUGGUAACAGCGGUGUCAGCAGUGAUUACAAUAACCCUCCAAAGACCACGGCCACACCCCCAGCAAACACAAGCGGUGUCUGGGGUGUCCUCCACGGCCAAACAGCUCUAGCCCAACUGCGCACGCCGUGGUUUAUUCUCAUAACCGCGUUCACCGUCCUAAUGAUGCUGCGCAUUAACUACUUUGUUGCCACUCUCCGCACGCAGUAUAGCUACCUCCUCUCUCCACCUUUGGCCAAGAAGGUAAACACCUUCUUCGACAUCCUCCUCCCAGUUGGUGGCCUCAUUGCAAUCCCAUUUAUCGGUACAUUCCUUGAUAAUCUCCGUACUCGGACUGUCCUCUCCAUUCUUGUGAGCACGGCAACUGUCAUCGGGGUAUUAGGUUGUAUACGCAAUUCUAUACCCGCGGCAGCGGGGAAUAUUAUCCUGUUCGUGUUGUAUCGGCCAUUUUAUUAUACGGCUGUUUCAGAUUAUGCGGCCAAGGUCUUUGGGUUCCAGACAUUUGGAAAGGUUUAUGGGCUUAUUAUUUGUCUAGCUGGUGUGGGCAAUUUCGCACAGGCAGGCCUGGAUGAAUUGACGCUCAGGCACUUUGGUGGAAAUCCAGUACCGGUUAAUAUCUGGUUGACCGUUGGCGUUGCUGUUGUGGGGGGUGGGUUAGUAGGGUUUGUUAGCUGGAAGACCAAUGCUUUGGCGAGGGCAGAGGUACACGGAGAAGGAGAGAUGGAGGUAGAUUCGAGUGUUAGAACCAGAGAUUGGGAGCGAGAACCUCUUCUGGAUGGGGGAGUGCAAAGGACAUAUGUCUAA